CAAUCUGUGCAUACAGAGCAGCUUGCUAUGGAGCUGGCAAGCUAUAGUUGUUUACAUGUGUGAUGGAAAGAGUGUAGGGCAGAGAGAUGCGAUUUUGCAGGUGGGGAGAUAACAAGAGGGUGGAGGAGGCUUGUCUUGAACCGCUGGGCAUCUUGUUAUGACAUACAUUAUCUGAAUUAAGCCCACAGAAUUAUACCUACGGAGUAGCGGCUUCUAUGGAGGAACUUUGAAUAUCUUUGAACUUCAGGUAGUUCUCUUAAAUACGGCCUCUGCAGAAGUCAGGGCAUUCAUACCUCUUGCACUUCGCAGAACAGUGCAGAGCUGUUGUGAAGGAAGCAGUGAGUUUGUGUUUAUACAGGACCUCACGCCCCCACCUACCAUCAACCAAUCAUGUUAAUGCGGAGCUAUACGGAGCCCUCUGCAUUGUUACAAAAUUUGGGAGGUGCACAGUGAUGUGGUACAGAGCUCGAUUUGGCCUCUGCAUGUCUCCGGAAGCUCUGCAUUGCGUCACACCCUCCAUUCAGAGCCUCCAACCACAUUUUUGGAUCAAGCAUAAAUUGUCUUUUAGUAGUCUACAUGCUUCAGUGGGAGGUAGCCUACACACGCUGGCAGGCAGACACGGAAGACGUUUCUGAGUGACAGAGGGAGGGCUUUGUAUAGGCACUUUACUGCAUUUUUCUGUGGGACUGCUAAAAAAAAUGCCCAGAAUGUAAAAUAACAUUAUUAACAAUAUUCCCAUGCUUUGAAAAUAACAGUUCAGCUUACAUUUAUUUACUCCAAGCAGAGAUGGGACUCAUGAAAAUGUAUUUUAUUAGGCAUUAAUCAAGCAAAAACAUAUAUAUUUUUUAUUGUGACAAGCCAUCAAUGAGAUUCAAACCUAUAAUCUUCUGUUAGUCCACUGCGCCACCAGGAUGGAGCUAGCAUGACAUGUUUUUUUACGCAUACAAAGCUGUUCAUUUUAGUCUAUUCAAACAGACCCCAUUUCUAACGAAACAAGCACUCAUUAAGAUCAGGUGUGGCCAAUUAGUGGGUGUGGCCAACAUACCUGAACACGCUUAACAAGAUAGAGGAUAAAGAGAGCUUUGUUAAAGCUGAGAACAGAAUGUAUGUUUUUAAAUAACAUUCUUAAAACAAUUCUAUGAAAGUUUCCUUGUGAUUUUUAUGGAAAGUUUUCUUAACAUUCAAGGAACAAUUUGAGAACAUGGCUUUAAAUAGAAACCUGUAGGAAAUGUUAUGCUGAAGUACUGAAAUUCCCACAGAAGAACAUUGUUUCUUAAAUAUUUGACAACAUUCCCAAAUGUCAAACCAGUUGGAGAACGUUCCUUUAAAAAAAGAAAAACUAUAAAAUGUAACAAUGUUUGACAUUUUAGGAUACAUUCUCUUUUUGUCAAGUUCCUUAAAUGUGCUGAAUAUUUUCCACAGCUAAGCAACUAUCCUGCAUCAUUCCCAGAAAGUUGUGGGAAGGUUGUAUGCAAAAUAACCAUAGGACAACCAUGCUCUCAUCAACCUCAAAGACCCAGCUAGCACAUUUGGUUCCAUGGAAGUUGAGGGAAUGUACGUUUUUGGUUUCCCAUUGGUUCUGGGAAUGAAACCAACUGUUUCUCGACUGGUAAAACGAAACGUUUUUAACAUUCUGAAAACGGAAGUAAAAAGGUUUUCUGUUCUGGGAACGUACAUUUUUAUGGUGCAGGGAGGUUCUGAGAACAUUUUACUAUGAUUUCCUGAAAGUUUUCCUGGGAGGUUUUAUGAACGUUCUGAGAACAGAAAUUAUAGGUUAUUUGAAGGUAAUUCAAUUACGUUUUGAGAAUGUUCUCUAAAUGUUGUAAAUGUUUUGAAUGAAAUGUGAAGGUUAUUGAUCUUAAUGAGUGCUUGUUUCCAUUGAAAUGGGGUGUGUUUAAAAAAAACCUGAAACAAAGCUGUUCAUUUUAGUCUAUUCAAAACACACCCCAUUUCAAUGGAAACAAGCACUCAUUAAGAUCAGGUGUGGCCAACACACCCAAACAUGCUUAACAAGACAGAGGCUAGAGAGUGUUUUGUUGUUAGAAAGUUCUUUGAAGGUUACUUAUGUUUUCUUGAGGUUUUUAUGGAAAGACUUCCCAAUGUUCUGAGAACAUGACUUCAAAUAGAAUCACGAGGAAACAUGCAGAAAACGUUAUGCUGAAGUACUGAAAUUCCCAUAGAAAAACAUUGUUUCUUAACGUUCUCUGAACAUUCUGAGAACAUGACUUUAAAAAGAACCAUGAGGAAACCUGUAUGAAACGUUUUGCUGAAGUACUGAAAUUCCCCUGAAGAACAUUGUUUCUUAACGUUCUCGGAACUAUUUGAGAACAUUCUCAAUGUGAAACCAGUUGGAGAACGCCCCAAGAACAUUUAAAAAAUGUUGAUGAAAUAUAACCAUGUUUGAACUUUUAGGAAACGUUCUGUUAAAGAAAUGAAAUACCAAAGUUGUGGGACGGUUGUAUGCAAAAAUAACCACACUCUUACUUAGGACAACCACACUCUUAUCAAGCUCUAAGAAACAUAUAGUUCUCAGAAUGUUAUGCACUAGCAAAGGAUCACUAACCCUGUCUCAAAGGAUCACUAUCCCAGGUCUCAAAGGAUCACUAACCCCGUCUCAAAGGAUCACUAUCCCCGUCGCAAAGGAUCACUAACCCCGUCUCAAAGGAUCACUAACCCCGUCUCAAAGGAUCACUAACCCUGUCUCAAAGGAUCACUAACCCUGUCUCAAAGGAUCACUAUCCCCGUCGCAAAGGAUCACUAACCCUGUCUCAAAGGAUCACUAACCCCAUCUCAAAGGAUCACCAACCCUGUCUCAAAGGAUCACUAACCCUGUCUCAAUGGAUCCCUAACCAUGUCUCAAAGGAUCCCUAACCCUGUCUCAAAGGAUCACUAACCCUGUCUCAAAGGAUCCCUAACCAUGUCUCAAAGGAUCCCUAACCCUGUCUCAAAGAGGUCAAUUCUCUCAAAAAUGUUCUACGAAAUCGUUUGUUUCUUUAAUGCUAUGUUUAUUAAAUUCACUGGAAUAAUAGAAAACACACAAAAAUACACACACUCAGAGAUACAAAUACAGUUGGCCCAUAUACAGUAAGAAACAUUAUUUUGAGUGGCACCAUAGAAUGUUUCUGACACCUACACCUACCAGUCUACAUUGGUUGUGUGCAAAGCGUGUGAUAGGAGCAUGUUUGUUGCAUGCACCAGGUGUCAAUAGACAACAUCAUUACUGUAUUGCAAGGAAGGGCUUCUCCAGAUUCCCCCUGGAAAGUGAGCUUGUAAAAAUGUCCAGUGCAUCAAGGGAGGUGUGUAAAGAAGAUUUGCAUGUUGUUUGCAUUGCUGUUUGCAUGGCAAAGACCAAUGUUUGACUUGGAUCCUGCUAAUAUAGAACUGAAGCAUGUACUGACACCUAGUGCAUAGGACAGGGUGGUGUUAAGAGUAGGUAAACAGUGUCACACACAGAUUAGAGAAAGAGGUGAAUAGAGAGAUGCAAGGAGAGACAAAGGGUAAGAGGUCAAACAAGGAGGUGGAAAGAAACUUAAAGGAUUAAGCAAUGGCUGAAAAUAAGAGAGGGUGAUGAAAAGGAUGAAAGGAGAGAAGCAAAGGAAAUACACUACAGGAGAGUGAACAUGGGAGAAGAUGAAGGGGAGUAAAUAGAACAAUAGACAGGAGAAAGAGAGGGAGAGAUGGCGGGGUAGUGGACAGGCAGACAGAUGGAAAGCUGGACAGACAGAAAAAAUGGGCAGCUAGGUGUGGCCAAUAGUGCUGAGUGGGGUUGAUCUCUCUCAAUCCUCUUGGCUCGCUGUCUGUGUGUGCCCACCAUCGGGCCACUGGCAGGGUGGCAGCAUGAGCAUGGUCGGCCCGGGUGGCAGCCCUAUUGAGGGGCAGUGUGAUGGACACAAUGCAAGCGACAGACUUGCUGCAUCAACAGCAUCCCCAUUCCUGUUUUUUUUGCUGCAGUGUGCCAUUUAUAAACCAUAAAUACCCCCCCUGGCCCCUAGUGCCUGCUCGCCAGGCCUCAACACUCACACGCCCUCAUACAGAGUGAGAAAGAGAGAAAUAAAUCAAAUAAAAGAAAGAACAAGGAAAAACAAAGAGAGUGUGCCUUGUACGUGGUGCAGUGAAGCACAAGCCAUCCAGGUAAAAACAGAUCUCUCUCUUUCCUCUCUGUCUGUCGUCUUGUGCUGCCAACAACUCUUGCUGUUUUCAAUUAUCCCUAUUUAUUGCUCUCCAUAACCCUGUGUGCACUGUUGUUUUACCUGGAAUUGAAUAUGUGUGAAUGUAUCAAAUGCGAUAGUGGAAAAGAAUAUGUAAUAUAGUGAGCUCCAAAAGAAUUGGGACAGUGACACAUUUUGGGAGUUUGUCUCUGUACUCCAGCACUUUGGAAAUAUAAAUUAUACAAUGACUAUGAGGCUAACAGACUGUCAGCUUUAAUUGUAGGAUAUUUUCAUCCAUAUAGGGUGAACCGUUUAGAAAUUACAGCACUUUUUGUGAAUAGUCUCCACCAUUUUAGGGCCACCAAAAGUAUUGGGACAAAUUCACUUAUGUGUAAUAAAGUAGUAAAAAGGGACAUAUUUGGUCCAAUAUUCAUAGCACACAAUAAAUGUGAAUAAACAUUUGUUGGAUACAUUUUCUGUUUGUUUUAGUUGUGUUUCAGAUGAUUUUGUGCCCAAUAGAAAUGAAUGGUAAAUAAUGUAUUGUGUCAUUUUGGAGUCACUUUUAUUGAAAUUAGAAUAGAAUAUCUUUCUUAACGCUUCAACAUGAAUGUGGAUGCUACCAUGAUUAUGGAUAAUCCUGAAGUGUUUAUUCUAUAGUUAUUUACAAUGAAAGUGACUCCAAAAUGACAAUACAUUAUUGGAGUAUUCGUGCACGCAAAAACUACAGUAUUUGAUUGCACUCAAAUGCCAAAUGUGAUACUGGACAACGCCAGAGGCUUGUUGAUCUUAUUGGCCAGACCUAAAGUGACCACGGCACAGACCACCUCUGAGUUAGCUGUUAUAGUCCCUGUUAUAGUCCCUGUUGCCAUUGUGUUAAGUGACUGACUGUGUUUGGGAAUGUUUUGGAAUGUAGAGGUAAAAUGUCAGAGCAGCAGGGUGCACCGGAGCAGCUCGCAGCUGGGAAGAGCCAAGGAGGGGCAGGAGCCACCUACAAGGUGGUGGUGUUUGAGUUUGAGAAUUUCCGUGGGAAGAAGGUGGAGCUGUCUGCAGAGUGUAAGGAUGUGAUUGAGAAGGAAUGUGAGAAGGUGGGAUCUGUCAUUGUGGAAUCUGGACCCUGGGUGGCGUUUGAGUGCCAGGCAUUUGGCGGGGAACAGUUUGUCCUGGAGAAGGGCGAGUAUCCUCGUUGGAGCACCUGGACCAACAGCCAGACUAACAACUACCUGCUGUCCUUCAGGCCACUCCGAGUGGACAGUGCAGAUCACAAGCUCCACCUAUUUGACAAACCAGGUUACGCAGGGAGGAAGAUGGAGAUUGUGGACGACGACAUCCCCAGCCUGUGGGUCCAUGGCUUCCAGGACUGUGUGGCCAGUGUAAAGGCUCUGAAUGGAACGUGGGUGGGCUACAUGUUCCCAGGCUACAGGGGCCGCCAGUAUGUCUUUGAGCUUGGAGACUACAAGCAUUGGAACGACUGGGGAGCCACGGCGCCUCAGAUCCAGUCCGUCCGACGAGUGCGUGACAUGCAGUGGCACAAAAGGGGCUGCUUCACCGCCCCUGCCCCGCCCCCUGCCCCCACUCCUGCACCCAACCCCACACCCCCACCCACCGCUGGCACCAGCUGAAAGACAGUGGCUGUGGCCCCAGGCUCCCUAAGAAGCCAAACCCGGGCCCUCCAACCAUCCAGGGCUCCACUGAGUCUCUCCUCAUCACAGAGGGCCACCAAGAAACAACGAACUCGGAAGUGAAGUGACCAUCACGGACAUACCUAUGUGUCUGGAGUGGAAAUAAUAAAGGCUUUGACCCUGAUUUGGUUUG